CCUAAGAAGUCGCUGAUUGGACGACAGGUCGUUUCUCUUUUGAACCGGAAGUUAUUCUGGCUUUAACUUGAUUGCUAAAAACAUGAAUGUUCUCAGUGAUCCAAACCUCAGUACCGUUAUUCGGGAAUAUUUUGAGUCAGGAUAUACAUACGAGGUGAUACUGGACAUGCUCCAGACCAACCACGAAGUGUCGGUUAGCCUGCGUUCUUUAAAGGCUCAUUUGAAAGUAGCAGGGCUGCAUAGACGAGGCAACUACUCUCCACUUUCUGACGUGAGACGUGCCAUUAUGACCGAGCUUAGAGGACCAGGCCAAUUAUUUGGCUAUCGGACCAUGUGGCAGGUUCUCAAACAAAAACACAACCUGCGUGUCAAACGUGAUGUUGUAAUGAGACUGCUGAGGCAGCUGAAUCCUCAGGGCAUCGCUCUGAGGACUCGCAGGAAGUUUACCAGACGCACGUACCACUCUAUGGGGCCCAAUUACAUAUGGCAUGUAGAUGGCUACGACAAACUGAAGCCAUUCGGCUUGGCCAUCUCAGGAUGCAUUGAUGGGUUUUCUAGAAGAAUGAUGUGGCUUGUUUGUGGGGCAACAAACAACAAUCCCUCUGUCAUUGCCCAGCAUUACAUAAACUGUGUCAAGAGUCUUGGCGUAAUACCAAUGAGACUGCGAACAGACCUAGGCACAGAGAACGGGACUAUGGCAGCAGUACAAUGUACCCUCCGGCAUGCGCAUACGGAUUAUUAUGCUGGAUCAUCAAGCCACAGUUACGGAUCAUCCACAGGGAAUCAACGCAUCGAGUCAUGGUGGUCUUCUUUCAGGAGAGGAAGGUCUCAGUUUUGGAUGGACUUGUUCGGAGAUUUAAGAGACUCUGGAAACUUCAACGGAAGCCAUGAGCACCAGUGCUUGCUCAGAUUCUGCUUCACCAGAGUUCUGCAGAAAGACCUGGAUGAAUGCAAAGGUCUCUGGAAUAACCACAGGAUCCGGCCAAGCAGACUUGCAUCAUGUCCUGGGGGGAUUCCUAACGAACUCUAUCUCUUGCCUCACAGAUAUGGAUCAAGAGAUUGUGGAUUUCCUGUUGAGGACAGCGAUCUGGAUGUUUUCCCAGAAGCAAGUCAGGUGACAGAGUUGUGUGGGGAUAAAGACAUCGAGGAAUACCUACAGGAAGCCAUGCAACAACAUGGACAACAGCAGUCACAAGACUGGGAGUCAGCAAUGGAAUUGUAUUUAUUGCUCAAAAACAUUGCGAGGCUGUGAACACAAACAAGCAACAUCAAAUCUUAUAUUUUGUCUCCUGUUCAUUUUGUUGAUAUAAAGUGAAAACUUCAUUGUUAUUCAGAAUUAAACUUUUUUUAAUACACAAAAUUGUGCAUUUAGUUUGAACUAUGAAGAUAAAAUCUGACAUUACACUCUUAAUUAACAGUUUUGAGUAUUUGUUUUAACUUGCUAAAAGUUGCGAGAAAGAACAUAACAAGAAAAAGGUUUUGCAAAACAAACUAUUUUUUGGAAACACAUUUA